AUGCUUGACUCUGCUUUGGGAUUCAUUUCGGAUGCGGAUCACGAUGCUACUUUUUUUUCUUCGUUUGUUUGCGUUGUUGUUGCUGCUGCUGCUGCUUGCUUGUUUGCUUGCUUUUUCGACCCGCUUUUGUGUGGUUUCUUGCAGCAUCUUCGCGCAUUGGACUUGGCGAUGUUAUUCCUUUUCAUUAUCGCGUUGGACACUGGGAAGUUGCCCACGAAUUUCCCGGACCCGGAGUUGAACGAGGCCGCGGACUCGAUUCUGGUCACGAUCUUCGCGUUCGUCCUCCGUCAGCGGGGGGAGUCUAGUCCGUAUCUCGGCGAAAUCUCUGGGCAUUUCUUUUGCUUGAGUGAGAUUUGCGACCGUUUUCAUUUGGGGGCAUCUGGUGUCGCCGGACCGGGGAAGAUUUUUACGACUCUCGAAGGCAGUCAGUCAGUCAGUCAUUUGGGUGGGUAUUCGGAAAUGAUGGGUUUUAUUUCCUUGAUGGAUCUUAUCAUUCGUGUUUCGCGGGAUAAGCGUGAAGAUCAAUCGAUCUUGUGUACUGGUGAAUCUGGUGCCGGCAAGACCGAGAACACGAAGAAGGUCAUUCAAUACUUGGCUUUCGUUGCAGCAUCAAAACCCAAGUCUCACUCGUCAGCCACACACUCGGGAGACGAGGAGAACUUCUCUGGGUCCGGACUGUGGAUGAAAUGUGGUUUGGACCCUGGAGGAUUUUGGUCGCCCGGAAAUGAAACCCGCCAGAUUUGCCCCAAACCGCGUCGUUUUCUCGAUGCCCACGUCGGCGAUGGUUUUAACGAAACUGAGGGCUAUGCCAAGGCAGACGAGUGGCCAACUGUCACCAUGGCUUUUGUACUGGACCCCCCGUACGUCAAAGACAUACGCCAGCGUUUGGAAUUAUUUCUGAGGAAUCUCAACUAUCCAACGAGAAAAAUAACCCUACAAUUCAUAACAUUCACCGAUGAUCCGGAAGCAGUAAAAGAAGCUAGAAAACUUGGCAAAAAGCUCUUCAAACCCUUGGGUUACAAAGCUGUCGAACGAAGACAAUCCUUUCAGAACAGACUUCUACUUUUUUGUCGACCAUCAAGUGCUGCUGCGAAAUCCACAAACGUUGAUUCAUCUCGUCGAACAAAACAGAGCUAUUAUUGCGCCCAUGCUGACGGUAUCAAACGAAUCUUCGUUUGUAAUUGUUUUCAAAUCGUUUGCGUCAUGGUUGCCAGUUCAGAAGCGUUUCGAAAAGAAAUUGGAAGGAAAAGUAAUUUGAAAACUCAAGAGGAGUUCAAAGGUGUUUGGAGUGUUCCAUGUGCAUCAGGCGCAAUUUUACUAAAUGUUGACAAAACCAGCCUGAAUUCCAGGGCCAGUAUCAUCAGGAGGUAUUCUUUGCCUGGCGGGGACAUGAAACUUGGAGCCAUUUGUUCCAGCUGGGAGAAUCAAUAA